AGCGCUGGGUGAUGUCAGCGGAUCAGCUGCUCGUUAACAAAGAAGGGGAUAUUUACAGGACAAAGUUGCAGCAGCCGCGAGGGCGGCUACAGCGCGACUCCCGGAGCUCGACAGCGGUCAGGGGAAAGUGGAUGUAGAGGGCUGAGCUGGCCUCGGGGGAGCCCAUAGCAGCAGAAGAAGCAAAAGACAUUGGGAAAAAGGCUGGAGGGGGACGGCCGGCCAACUGCUCCUCCUCUUCCUCCUCCUCCUCCUCCUCCAAACUCGCUGGGCUGAACCCAAGCUCUCGCUGAGCAGCCGCGGCGGCCCCGGGCUCCCGGAGGAGCAGUAGGAAAAGGGGGAGAAGGGAAGAAGGGAAGCAGCAGCUGCUGCGCGGCCGCUCUCAAUCCCCAGUCCGCGACCCCCAGCCCGGAGGACAGGGCUGGGCUGCGCUCUCCGCCGCCAUGGAUAGCGACGACGAGAUGGUGGAGGAGGCGGUAGAAGGGCAUCUGGAUGAUGAUGGGUUACCACAUGGCCUCUGCACAGUCACCUACUCCUCCACAGACAGAUUCGAGGGGCACUUUGUCCAUGGAGAAAAGAAUGGACGGGGAAAGUUUUUCUUCUUUGAUGGAAGCACACUGGAAGGGUAUUAUGUGGACGAUGCCUUGCAGGGGCAGGGAGUGUACACGUAUGAGGACGGAGGAGUCCUCAAAGGCACCUAUGCAGAUGGAGAGCUGAAUGGACCAGCCCAGGAGUAUGACUCAGAUGGGAGACUGAUCUUCAAGGGACAAUAUAAAGACAAUAUUCGGCACGGAAUUUGCUGGAUAUAUUACCCAGAUGGAGGUACUCUGGUAGGUGAAGUUAAUGAAGAAGGAGAGAUGACUGGAGACAAGAUAGCCUAUGUCUACCCUGAUGGAAGGACCACAAUUUAUGGGAAAUUCAUAGAUGGAGAGUUGAUAGAAGGAAAAUUGGCUAACAUGUCAAUUGAGGAAGGAAAGCCCUACUUUGAACUGGUACCAGGAAGUUCUGUCUACCAUUUUGAUAAGUCAACUCCAUCCUGCAUUUCUACAAAUCCCCUUCUUCCAGAUCCUUACGAGUCAGAGAGGGUUUAUGUUGCUGAAUCACACAUUCCCAAUGCUGGAGAAGGACUGUUUUCUAAAGUAGCAGUGGGACCUAACACAGUUAUAUCAUUUUAUAACGGAAUCCGAAUUACACACCAAGAAGUGGAUGACAGAGACUGGGACCUUAAUGGAAACACACUCUCUCUUGAUGAUGAAACGGUCAUUGACGUGCCUGAGCCCUACAACCACACAUCCAAGUACUGUGCCUCCCUGGGUCACAAGGCCAAUCACUCCUUUACUCCAAACUGCAUCUAUGAUGUGUUUGCACAUCCACGUUUCGGGCCCAUCAAAUGCAUUCGCACCAAACAAGCAGUGGAGAGAGAUGAGGAGCUCACCGUCGCCUACGGAUAUGAUCACAACCCUCCUGGAAAGAGCAUGCCAGAAGCCCCAGAGUGGUAUCGGAUGGAACUGAAGGUCUUCCAAGCUGCCCAGGAGAAGUGAAAUACAAACUCGGCUCUUUGGUUUAUUGACCUGGAGUAGAAAUUUGGAUCUAUGCACUACGUUUAUACUUAAACUGGAUAACCAGGGACUGCUCAUGCUGUUACAUCAUAUCCUCUCACUCUGUGUUAGCGAUGAGUUUCUUGCAUACUAACUAGUUUUGACUCUAUUACUCAUGCUAGGUUUAAAAUUAGCUAGCGUUACAACAACACCUGAUUGGGAGGUAUUAUUUAAUAUUUUGCCUAAGACAGCGUGCUGUCCUUUGGAUAUUUAGAAUCUAAGUCUGCACCAUAUUCAGAGAUGCCAAAUGAUUUGACUGAAAAAAGGGAAAUGGGGUAUUUUGGUCCUUUUUAUUUUUUUAAGUUAGUGGUUUUCCAUGAUGCUGUUUCUAUGGCCAAUGUCAAUGGUGUGAUUACACUUUUGCACACACGCCACAGUGGAAGUUAGAGGAUUAUUACACUUCGAUAUUCUCUAAACAUAGCAUAAUUUGCCUUUUAACCUUUGAUCUGUGUCUUUGCAAUAGAAUGACUGUGUUUUUUCCUAGUGUACAGAAGAAGCCUGUUUUUUUGAGUCAUUUCCCCCUUUCUUAGAAAUCUCAUGCAAGGGAAAAACCUUUCUAAUGGAUUUUGUGUGAGUGGCUGUGUAUAGAUCUCUAUGGCGCUCUCUCUCUAGAUCUAUCUAUCUAUCUAUCUAUCUAUCUAUCUAUCUAUCUAGAUCAUUGUUUCCUUGUUACAUCCUGACAUAAAUAACUGGUUCUAGGAGCCAGUGUAUUUUAUAGAAUUAAUAUCCUUGCAUGAAAAUGAAGAGCUCUUUGCUUUAAGGUAGAAAGAGGAAUGGAUUAGAUUUAUUUGCAUCAAGCUAUGGAAGAUUUGUAAUCUGCAUAUUCAGAAAGAAAGGGGAGGGAGGAAUCAAUACCUGAAAGCAGCAAUCUGGGGCCAUGAUAGUGCUGUAAAUCUUCUUCCUCUCCUGGGCCCUAGUAUACUUUAGAUUUACAUAACAUGGGGCGUUUAAACAGCAGUCUUGUUUGGGGCAUAGUAUAUUGAAUGCCAUGUUCAAAAACCACGAGUCCCUGUGCGGAAUGCAAAAAGGGUUAGGGAUUUGCUCUUUAAUGAAAAUAAUUAUGGCACAAAUAUUGAUCUCUAGGAUCAGAAUGGAAUCUUAAGGCAAAAGCUCUUUACCAUUGUGUUUGCAAAUUACUGUUUCAAUGCAUUGUACAAGUUGUGAAUCAAAAAUAAUACAUUAUAGUAAAAGCAAAUAGCAUUUCAGCCACUCUGCAAGCCAUAUAUACUAAAAAAAAAUUGCAGAAACAACAAAAAAAAACCUCUGUGUAAGGUAGCUGUUUAGGUCUAUACUAUGACUUGGAUUGCUCUGAAUGGAUUUAUAGGUUUGGGGGAUUUUGGUUUGUUUUUCAACUCUUUAAACACAGCUAAAGCAUAGCAAUAUCUGCUUCAGACUGCUUGGGCCAUGCCAGCAUUUCAUUUGACAUAGGUCUCUAGGGCAGUGGUGCUUCUAAUUUGCAAGGUGUCACUGGUGGAAACUGACACCCAACUAGUCAGCUUAGGCAUCUAGUUUAGAUAGAUAACAAUUUCUGAGUUGUAUCAGAGAGGGGGCUGUUUGUUGAUUGGAAGAUGGCAGGGAUAUGUGGUGAAUAAAGAGGUGAAAUCAGCAUUUGCUAUUUCAAAUCAAAUCUUAGAUUACUCAUUACCAUAUACACUACUACAUAUUAUUGGACUUGAUUGAAGGCCCUGAGCCUUUGGUUCAGUUCUCCUCUGGCCGCAGAGCUUGUUCUGUUCAGGUUCUGCUGUCAAGGCUUGUGCAGAGGCAGCCUCUCCCCUCCCCACCAUCUGUGCCGCCAUGCGUCCCAAGGUGCUCACCCCGAGCUAGGGCUGUUAACCCAAGACUCCAUGGUUCCAGAGUUCAGUCAGAUCCAGGUAGUUCUCACUAUUUUGCUCAUAGGUGGUGGGCAUUCCGUGAACUGGUACUCAUUGAGAGAGAGAAUUUGAUGCUUACGCAUUGGGGAGAGUUGGCAGUGGUGAAUGGAUCCUACUCGGUACUGCCAUAGAUCAGCCAGGAAGAACUGAGUAAGCUGCAUAUCUUUCUGAUCAACAAACACCAAGGAAGAGGGUGAGAAUGACCACCACUCUGGGGAAAGACCCCAUUCCAUAAACUGUGAUAGAGGGGACAGUGUUUCUUGGACUUACACACUGGUUGUCCUCAUGGUGCUUAGGUUUUUAUACAAGUGAAUGUUUUUGGACGUGAGUGACCUUUUUUUUUCUGGGCAGUUAGCAAAAGAAAAAUGAAUUUAGUUAUCCCAGUCAUUUGAAUCACAGAAUUAUGAGCAAUCUAGGUCAAGGCAGAGGAACCUCUAGCCAGGGAGGGUAGUUUUAGCCACUGAUUUGAUGAUGGCAUUCCUCAGGGUGAUUUUGCCUUGGUCAUUGCGACUGCAAGUGAUAAUUUCUUCCCCAGUGGAUUGCUCUGGUUAAGCCAUUUGGAAUGGAGCCUCUAAAGGGUAAAGGAUUAGAGUAAGUGAUGAGCUGUGAAAAGUGUGUAGUAUAGUGGAAAGCACAGGCACUUGAGUCAGGGGACACAUAUUCAAAUCCUGACUCUGCUAUUUACUAUUUGUGUGACCUCUAGAAGGUACUUAAUUUCUCUGAGCCUCAGUUUCCUCAUCUAUUAAACAAAGGGAUUGAAAUAAUUGAUCUUUCUAAGGUCCCUUCCAUCUCUUCAUCUGAUAGGUGACAUCUCUCCAAAGCUAAUAUCUUAAAUCAAUCGUUGUGAUCACUUGAAAACUGAUCAUCUCCCUGGCCCUCUCUCCUUCUCUCUACCUCUCUCUCCCUACCUCUGUCUCUGUCUUCCAGGAGAGUUUAAGAGAGAUGGAUUUAUAGGUUUGGAAGGGACCUCAUUACAGAUGAGGACCAAGACGUGAAGUGAUUUGCUCAAAGUCACAGAGCUCCAGGUCCCGGAGACAAGCGGCAAAACCAGGAUUUUGAUCUUCUGCCUCCAUUCCCUGUGCACUUUGUACUAUGUACACGUCUUCUCUUGCCCACUGGCUCUUCCUUUCUCCUUUCCCCCUCUUCUUUAUUCUCUCUCUUUUGUAUUAUAUCACGUGUAUAUACAUGUACAAAGCUGGGACAAGGCAUCUAAGUGCUCUUGGUGGGGUUUGAAAAUUAUACAUCCCCCCUGGCUUUUCCUGUCUAGCAAAGGGACAAGAAAACUUCCUUCACUGAAACAUACACAACUCGAUUUUCUAAAAAAUCAAAACCUAAAUGCUGUGGAGAGUGGAACUUUAUGGCAUUAAAAGCAUGUACAUUUGUAAAAUAUGAUAUACCUAAAGUCCCUAACUGUGACCCCUACACGUGCACCUCCUGGGUGACCACCUAACUUGCCUACCAUUCAUCCCAUCUCUGUGUAUGUCCAUCAGUCUCCUUCUGCUUCCUCAUUCCUCUCCUCCCUUUCCCUUUCUCUUUCUCUUUCUCCCUCAUUGCCUCUGCCACUAAACUGGACUUACUGGAUACUAUUUUAUAUUCCUUGUUUUUCUAGUUUAAAGCAGGUGAGUCAAUGGUUGUAUUGUGUGGCUUUGGAUAAGCUGUGGGAGGUUUUUUGUGGCCCUUUAUGGGUGAAGGGAGAGGAAGGAAAAUACCCCCAGCCCUCAACUAAGUUUACGUGAAAUGUGUUUGUUCAUCUAUGUCACUAUUUACUGUCUGAGCAGGCCCCUUCUGAGAGCACUCUGGAAGAAUAUGAGUCUCCUUUCUAAUGGAUAGAUGUUUAGGGUCAGUCUUGAUUGGAAUGUAAGGGGUUCCUCACCUUUGUGUUGGCCAGACUGUCAUUGACACUUCUCAGUGGCUUUGCUCCUUUUGCUGCUAAAGGCAUUUAGUUCUGAUUGUUGGCAGAUGUGGAAUGGCUACCUAAAGAUUAGUCUCUCCACACUGACUCUUCACCCUGCUGUCUCUUUCAUUGUUGCAGUAGAUGGAACUUCUUGCCUCAUUUUUCUGAUUUGGUCCCUCCCUACCCCAGCACCCCACCAGCCCAGCACCUUGUCUCUUCUGUGGGAUUCAGUGUAGAGACAACCUUACAGAAGAAAAACAACUUUUCCACAACAGCCUAGUAGUGAGCGUGGAGGGUCUUACAUUUUAAGCAAUGGUUUUUGAGAUUUUUGUUAAGUCUUCCUUGGAGGCAAAAACUCUGCAAGCAAGGCCUAGCCCUGUUUCCCUGUCUUCCAAUCUAAUUUUUACAUUCUUUUGGGGCUCUCUAAUCCAAGAAACUUGGACUCUUAAGUCAUUAUUAGACUUGGAGAGUAAGCAUCUAUAAAAGUAUAGGUUUUUGCCCCAAAUCUGGAUUGGAUUUCGUGCUUUCUGUAUGUAGGUAAAGAAGUUGAGGGUGUGAACAUAGGAAAGAAUGAGUGUUCUAGGCCUAGAUUCUUCCUUUAGUUGUCCCCUCUCCAUGUAUGCCCUCACUGAAUCUGGGCACACAUGCAUGUAUGUGGUGAGGGGUAGGAAGGAGAGCAAGUGAAGAACUUGGCCUUUGUACCCGAAGUAGAAUAAAGAAUAAAGGGAAGAACCUUGGAAUGUGUGAGGAGUGCCAUGGAAGAGAUGGAUAAGGAAGGAGGCUAGAUCAGGUUCCUUCCCCAGCGGCAUCGAGGCAAGGAUUUCCAAGACUAGAGGUGGAGAGCCCAAAAGGACGUCUUCAUCACGUUGACAAAAACAACCUGAGAGCUUAUAUGUGCUUAGUUCUGUACUAGCCUCAAGAAGCUUUUAUCACUAUAGGUCUUUUGCAUGCUUCUCUCUCUUUUCUUAGCAUUUUCUCAAACCUUGGUGAAGCAGUAGCUUUGGUUAGCAUUCAGUCAGAACUAAUCCAUAAAAACUUAUCCCUGAAUGGCAUUCAAGUUGGCUAAUUUGGGAAGGAAGAGCUUUAUUCAUAGAAAGAUCUCAGAUGAAAGGAACAGAUUAAGACUUGAGUUUUGUUUUAUUUUGUUUUGGUUUGGGGUUUGUUUGGUUUUUUUUUUUGUAUGUUUGCUUGCUGUAACUUGCUUCACCCUGGUGUACCUAAGAAACUUAAGAAGAAAAUCAAUUUUUAAAAGCCCCUCUAGGAAUCAGUUCAGGACCAGAGAUGUGUUCUGAGAUGCCUAAAAUAUGGGAAAAAAAACCCUCUUAUCUUUGUAAUAUUAACAACCUGAAAAUACCACCAAGGCUAAUUUCAUUAUAAUUGUUUAGGUUGUCGAAUAUGGUAACAUAUAUAGAAAUAUGUAUCUUCACAUAUAUACCUGUGUAAUAUUUUUAAAAGAAAGAUGGCAUGGCCUAGUAGAUAGAGAUACAGACUUGCAAUCAGGAAAACCACAAUUCAAGUCCCGCCUAGUCUUCCUGACUCCAAGGUCAUAUCUCUACCCACUAGGUCAUGCUGCGUGACCAUACCACGUCUCUUAACCUCUUUGAACCUCAGGCAACUCCUUGAGUUGCUGAACUGCAUGGGUGGAGGGAGUUAGCACACUGGGUGUUUCCUGUGCUGAUGAUCCAAGAAAAGGUUUAAAACUCCCCUGGGAGAAUAUAUUGAAAAUAUUCAGGUAGAAAGGGUAGAUAUCUGUUUUUAGAAAGCCAGUCAUUCACCCAAGAUUCAAUCUGAAAACUAGUGAUGAUUUCAAACCAAGGCAUUUCUUUUUUCUAUAGUAAAUGAUUCAAAAAUAAACAAGCCAGCUAACCAACCAACAGAAAGCUGGUGUCGCAGGAUCUAUUAAUUGUAUAUUUACCUUCCACAGAUCAAAGGUGUGCAAUUUUUUAAAGAUUUCCAUUUGAAGCUCCCCAAUAAGAUUCUUUUUUGCUUUUUCCCCUGUUCUAAAUUUGAAUCUCUUGUUUUGCUUUUUUGUUUUGUUUUUAGAAAAUUAUUAAACUUUAAUGCACAUUUUAUUUUGCCGAGCAUAAGGAUACACAUUAAAAGCAAUUAAAAUAUUCAAGCCAUACAUCCACAGGUGUGGGGAACACUUUCCACAAAUUUUAAUGCAUUUGUAUGUAAAUAGAUGUUUGUAUGAGAUAUUUUCAUGGUAGAAUGAAUAUAUUUAAAUGAAAUUGAUUUAUUCCAGUGCUAUUUAAAAAAAGACUAAAGUUUUGUGAGGAUCUUCUGAGUGCAUUAGCAAAGAAUACAGAACAAUUUUAUAAACGUCAGGAGCCUAAAAAAUAUUCUACAUAGCAGCAACUUCUCCCCAGUUGUUACAUCUGCUACUGAAGAAGUUAAUAGGCUCCAUAUUCCCCAGUGCCUGAGUCCCCUCUGGGUAGUAAAUUAGGGGCUGAUGGAGUCAUAGUCACUCUUCAGUCACUAAAGGGUCCUAAAACUCAUCAGAGCCAUUAGUGCAAAUAGUGUGAUUACCUAGUGUGGCAGCGUCUUCUUAGGGCAGCGUCACUGGAAUCCACAAGUGGGUGUUGGAAGCCUGGAGAUGCAUUUUCCAGCUGCUAUUAACCUCCAUCCCCACUAUCAAGGCACAGACCCAGUUAGGUUGCUCUUAAUGAAGAUCAGGUUAAGCCUCAUUCUCAGGGUGGGGAGAUCCCCAAAGUUCUGUCGAUAGCUCCUGCAUACAGAUCUUCACCUUCCAGAAGGAGGGGCUGGAGAAAGAGCAGGGAGCAUCAACCAGCAUUUUACAGAGUGGCGAAUUACCUAAUCUCAGUUCUGGAGUGAAUGCAUUUUCCUGAACUCCUAAUUUACUACCAGAGAGACACCUGUUCAGACAGGAGGAGAAUCUUGCCCCUUCUGUAUGGAACAUUAUGCACUCACAGUUGUUUGAAGUCAUUUUAAUAUUAAGACCAGUCGCAUUUCUAGGACAUACCUCUCAACUAUCCCUCAAAAAUGAGACAGUAAAAUUUUGUUACCAUGGAUUAUCAAGACUUGAGUUUUCUUAAUGGUGCCUCUUGGAUAAAAUAAAUGAGUACUUUUUUAUGAUUAGUUUUCAAUGUAUGUGCACACAUCCUAAUGCGGAUUUAGGUGGUUCAAUUUUUUGCUACUAUAAUUUUGAUUCUAACAUGAGAAAAUUCCCGAACACAGAGCCAUAACUGUGGCAGAGUGGCAGGGCCUUUGACCCAGGGCAACAAAAUUUGAGCUUGGCACUUAAUUAACAAGAACAAUUAAUUAGAAGAGGAUGGUAAAAGACAGCAUCUUUCCCCCAACACUAACCAAUACAUCCCAAUUGAACCUCUCCAUCAUGGGACCCAUCGCAUUGGUGGCCUCAUUGACCUUCAGGGUUCCAGUGUCUUGGGGUGGGGGAGCUGUCUUCCCAUUAUGGGGCAUUGUCCUGAGAUCUCUGCCUUCCCCACCUCAACUGAGUAUAUCUGAAAAAAAAACUGAUUUGGGGGUAUGCUUUGUGAAGCUUGCAAUUGGCACAAAACUCCCUAAUUAUGGCUCUAUACCUGGAUAAAUUACUCCAAUAAUUUUUUCUCUACUUUUUCAUUUAACCUGAGCUGUCACUUAGUAGAUUGUGAGGUAUGUUUAAGGGUUGAAAGAUUGGGGUGAGUUUGCAGAAGACACCACAGCAAAACAGGAACCCCACCCCACUGUACCAUGCAAACAUUCUCGAUUGGUCUCUUACAGCAUUUGAACAAAAUUGAUAAGCCUUAUCCAACAUCUGUAGAGUUGUGAUUUUUAAAACUAUGGGAAACUAAUGAAAGAUGUUUACAUGAAUGAUGUUUGCCCUUACUGAGUUUUGAAUGAGUUUUUAUAGUGUGUCUGGGUGCAUGUAUAAGGAAGUAGGAAAAAUGUUUCUGAAAUAAAACUUGACAAAUAUUUGUAAUGAGAAGUGAAUUUUAAAUAUUGCUAUAAUUGCGCUAUAGAAGCAAUGCAAGUAUUAAACAAAAAAA